AACUAAAGAAAGCUGCACGCUACAUUGCUCCAACAAGAAGUCGAGAACAACUAUCAUCCCAGAUGACUUUGCAGGCAAACGUCAAUGCAUCCGGGGAUGAUCUGCCGCCCACAGAAAUGAUAUAUUAUACUUAUGAAGGGAAUUUCCAACUCGAUUGCGACGCGGAAAUUCUUGCUUGCCAAUUUAUCGAUGACGACGAAAAACCGGAAUGUGAAAACGAAGGAGAGAAAGAGGUCAGGCUUUCGCUGAACAGGACUGUCUUGCACGCGCAAGGCGGAGGUCAACCGACUGAUACCGGAAAGAUUCGGGUUUGCAGUGCUUCCGGCGACGAGAAAACUGAGAUUUUCAUCACGAAGGUACUGUUAGACCGGGCUACAAAUGUCGCCACUCACACCGGAACGCUUAAUAUCGAGACGAGCAAAACCUUUGCAUCGCCAUCUUCUUGGAUCGGAGAGAAAGCGAUGGUCUCAGUCGACGCAAAUCGUAGGCAAAUUCUAUCAGAAUGUCACACAGCAGGCCACGUUGUCGACAUGGCCAUGGCUCAGUGCAAAACGAUGAUGCCUCCAACUAAGGCUUAUCACUUUUUGGACGGCCCAUAUGUCGAAUACAAAGGGAAAAUACCAAAUGAAGAGAGAGAUAUUCUCCUCAAAAAAUUGCAAAACACCUUUCAAGAGUUGGUGGAAUUUGAUAUCGCUACGGAAAUAACCACCGUGUCGCGAUCGGAUGCAGAAGAGAUCUGCAACAACAUGACAGGCGGUCAAGAUUAUUUCCAAUUGACUAAAAUGUUCAAGGAAGACGAAAACGUACGAAUUGUCCGUGUGGCAGGUUGGCCGUGUCCCUGCGGGGGGACUCACGUGAAAAGCACAGGAGAGCUCAAAAAGAGGAAUUGGGGGAUAACCGGCUUCAGGUGCAAGAAGGGUGUCGUGAGAGUAAAAUAUGGACAGGAUUGGGAGAAAGAGAAGAAAUAGUAGUGAUGAUGCUUCAUGGAUUGCGGUCGCCGAGCUAAUUGUUUGAUUGAGAAUACCUCUUCGCUCAAUUUUUUGGCAAGCGUUUCAGGUAAUUUUUGUUGCGUACUAGGUAGAACAAUAAUAAUAACAAGCAUAUUGA